AUCAACAGUUAUAAAACAUUGAAAAUAAAAACACGGAACUUGUAUAGCUCACUCACACUCUCUCUCCCUCUAUAUCGAUCUCUCUAUCGCUCUCUCUCAUAGCUCUUUGCGGUCAUGGCUAUUAAUUUUGUCCGUACACUGUCAAUUAUGGAUCUCUCGCUUUUUGUGGAUUCCACUGAAGAUUUUGAGCGAUUGUUCGAUUACUCUCAAGUUCAGCCUCUCAAUUUCGUGUCCCUUGACGAUGAUGAUGAUGAUACUGCAUCCCCAGCUUUGUCUCCUAAACGGAGGAGGAUUGCCAAACCUAUUAGAGUUGGUCCUUGACAAUGCCAAGCAGCAGAUCAAGAGCUUAGAAAUAAAGCUGAAUUCUGCUAAUGCUAGCCACCAAUCAGAUAAGGAAACAGGGAAAUGAACCUUCAAAAUAUAGAAGAAGCAUGGCGAAUCAAAUGUAAGGGAGUGAAGGCUCAAAAUGAAGCAUCGUCUGCACAGGAUGUACAAAAAGAAUUGGAUGAGCUCAAAUUACAUUAUAAAAGAUUGAAGGAAGAGCAUGAUACAUUUCGUGAUCUUGCUGAUCGAAUGAUUGAGGAGAAGGACAAAGAAAUUUAUAAACUUCUUGAUGACAAUAAGGAUCUUCAUCAAUCUUUAGAAUCAAGACCACCUGUUGAUCACAAUGGAAAUCACUACACACGUAUGAACCCAUUCUUGCUACCACUUGUCAGCACCUCUAUUGCCAUGCAAAAGCAGGAUGCACAGAAUUUAAGCACUUCUGCAGCAGAACAGCAGAUUCUGCUUUUGGCAAGGCAGCAAGCUCAGAAAGAGGAAGAGCUAGCACAAUCACAAUGGCAUAUUUUAGCACUUCAAGAGGAAAUUGAAGAGCUUGAAUGUGAGAAUCGUCUCCAUAGCCAACAGCAGCGAGAAGCCAACUGGUUGUUGGACUGACUUGUGGUGUGUUCUGGCGAAGCGCCAGGUUGUUGGUAAGGAGCUGGAGCUAGCUGCCGGGGCUUACACAAAAUGACUCUUCAUUUGGAUUAUUUGUGCACAAGUGUGAACUUAAAAGACACAUUGCACAGUAUUAGGGUUGAUUAGUACACAAUCGGACUGGUAAGAAAAUGUUCAGCAAAUUACAUGAAAAAAAACGUACGGCACUUGCGUGUAUAUAUAUAUAUAUAUAUAUAUAGAAAAAUGAGAAAUUUUAAUGGAAAAAUCAACAGCUAGAACACGUACGAUAGGUAUGCACUAUAUGUACGGAAUUUUAACAAGUGAAAUGCAUGCGUGUUUUGACUAUU